UGGUUGUUGAUUUGGGUCUAUGUGUAUCUCCAUGAAGGGAAUGCAUGAUCUUAUAUCAAUCUUCUGGCGAUACCUCAAUCAAAUCCACAACCCUAUUCCCGUAACCAACACUCCCCAAUCCAAACAUGGUCGCUCCGGGAAUGACAAUCAAUUCCAUUUCCAGCACCAAUAUUGCCAUUGUCCCCUACAGCUGUCCGGUACGCCGCCCAACUCUAAUUACACGACCGUUUCUCACCUCACUCACCGGUAUCCCUCGCCUCAACCCAUUCGCAAGACCCCCGUCUCCAUCCUAUCACAGCAUCGAAACGCCGCGGCAUCGACCUCACCAUGCAGUGCAAUGUCCCAUUCCUGCACGUUGAUGACUCCAGGUUACACCGUCCGGUACGGAUCUCCGCCCGCCAUGGCUGUGACUAGCCGGACCAACAAAGCUGGUACUCCCAAUUGGGACGAGCACGACCGCAGCCACGCCCAUCUUGCACCGUUUCGAGAAAUCCACGAUAUUCCUGAAGCGUCGUGUAAGAUAAUUUCCCCGCUGCUGAUCUCACCUCCUCUGCAAAAGAAUUUGUGAUGUUG